AUGCGGCGCCAUGGCAGGUCCGGCGGAGGCUCGACCAAAGCCCUUGCGCCGGUGUCUGAUACAGUCUCAUUAAUUCAUUCAUUCGAUUCGGUCAUGAAUCCCAAUCGUCCGGUCCGCCCUUCUCCCUUGGCCUUCUCUCAUAUUCAAGCUCUCCCGCUGGAUCUGGUCGACCGAUUGCGCUCUUUCCCAUUGUUCCAAUCUACUCCGGAAUCCUUUUUGAACGCGGUGGGACAGCAUCUGCGCCCCCAACUUCAUCAGGCAAAUGAUUAUAUCUUGACGGAAGGGGACGAGGCCAAGGCCAUAUAUUGGCUGGUCCGGGGCGCAGUUUCCGUUACUUCCCGCGAUGGCGAGAGUGUAUAUGUAGACCUUGAACCAGGCGCCUUCUUUGGCGAAAUAGGUGUGCUGAUGGAUCGUCCGCGGACCGCCACUAUUAUCGCUCGCUCCAGAUGUCUGUUGAUUGUAUUAACGAAGGAAGACUUCAGGAACAUCCUUCCUCACUUCCCAGAUGUGGAGCAAGCCAUCCGAGAUGAAGCUCAAGAAAGACUGAUGCUCUUGGAGAAGAAGAAGAAGGAGACAUCCGCGCCUCCACUGGAUGAUAUUGUAUCUCGCAGAGGAAACAAACGGCUGAGAGAAACCUUUUCGAAAGACAUGUCUCUUGCGGAGCAAGAGGGCACGGUGUUAAACUGGAAGUCGGUCAACAAGAAACGCAAAUCCCCCAGUCCUGGGUUAGCGGAUGGAGUUUCUUCGAGUGCACUCGCUAACGGACUUGUUAAUGUGCGUCUUUUACUUAAAGAAUUACCUUUGUUCGCCGGUCUUCCAGGGGAAAUCCUUCAUUUCUUAGGCCUUAACGCCCAACCCCGGUCGUACCCUCCUUUCACAGACAUUAUCAAGCAGGACUCCCAAGGGCGGGAGAUCUACUUUAUCGUUCGCGGCGAAGUUGAAGUAUUGACUGAACGUACGCACUCAAACGAUGCCUCACACUCCGUGCCGAACACCAUUGAACACCCGGGCUUUGAAGUAAAAGCGCGGCUAAAAGCGGGACAGUACUUUGGCGAGGUUGUAAGUCUUUCUCUGGCGCCACGCAGAACUGCAACAGUGCGUACUAUCAAUGCAGUUGAGUGCCUUAUGAUUAGCGGCGAUGUCCUUGCCGAGUUUUGGGAGAAGUGCCCCCUUGAUGUUCGGCAGCAGGUGGAGAAAACUGCCAAAGAGCGGCUGCAAUCGGCAGCCGAUGGCGAUGUUGUAAUGUCUGAAGCGGAUGAUGUUGGACAAUUUGUUGGAGAUAGCAACUUUAAAGUCAGCGCAUCGCGACGCCGGUCGAUGCCCCUCCUCACACUCACGGAAACAGAACUGGAUGGUCCGCAUACCAACAAGGCGGAUGACCAAGCCGUAUUACGUCCUUCGGACCCAGAUCCAUUCCUCAAUGUCGGCUUAGACAAGGUCCGACUGAAAAGUAGACGCGGAUCCGUCGCUCCGUUGACACCAGAGGAGGUCUCUGGGGAACAGCAACGGCCGUCACCACCAUCUGAACCACGUUCGACAAGCUCGUCGUUUCUCACACUGCCCGAGGCUGCUGUGUCGACAACCCUAAAAACGCAGCGCGAGUCGCAGAAAGUGAAUCGCGGCGUUCUUCCUGAUAAUAUCUUGGUGAGAAUUUUCAGCCAUCUAGAACUUCAUCAUCUUUUUCGAGUACGCGCGGUCUCCCUUCAUUGGUCAGAGAUCAUCAAUACAUCCACAGAUUUGCUGCAUGAUCUGGACCUAAGCAUGUAUAAUCGACAAAUAACCGAUGACGUGUUAGUGAAAAUCAUAUGUCCAUUCGUUGGGAAUAGGCCCCGCUAUGUUGAUAUUAGCAAUUGCUUUCACAUCACCGAUGAGGGAUUCAAUAAAUUGACUGCCACAUGCGGUUCCAACGUCGUCGCGUGGAAGAUGAAAAGUGUUUGGGACGUCACUGCAUCCGCCAUCCUUGACAUGGCGAGCACGGCAAAUGGAUUACAAGAGGUGGACUUGAGCAACUGCCGGAAAGUCGGGGACACACUCUUGGCUCGAAUUAUUGGUUGGGUCAUGCCUGGACAACACAAAGAUGAGCCUGUGAAGACGAGUAAAGGGGUUCUUAAGCCCACCAUGCAAACCGCAGCUGGUGCUGUCUUCGGCUGCCCCAAGCUGACGAAAUUGACGCUGUCAUACUGCAAACACGUCACCGACCGGUCAAUGCACCAUAUCGCGUCCCAUGCUGCUCACAGGAUCGAACAAAUGGAUUUGACUCGCUGUACCUCUAUCACGGAUCAAGGAUUUCAGUAUUGGGGGAAUGUGCGAUUCACCAAUCUGCGGAAACUUUGUUUAGCCGACUGCACAUAUUUGACCGACCAAGCUAUUGUCUAUUUGACUAAUGCUGCUAAGCAGCUACAGGAAUUGGAUCUGUCAUUUUGUUGCGCAUUAUCAGAUACAGCAACAGAGGUUCUUGCUCUUCAGUGUUCUCAGUUGACUUAUUUGAAUAUGUCUUUCUGUGGUUCUGCAAUCUCCGACCCUUCCCUGCGCAGCAUUGGCCUUCAUCUCCUGCACCUGAAUCGACUAUCGUUGGAGUCGUUUGAUGUCAGCCAGUGCAAGAAUCUCACACCCUGGCUCGAAGAUGGUGGACAUUCGAAAUAUCAGAACAGAAUUAGUUUCGAGACAGUGGCUCAAAAUGGUAAAGUAUUUCGAUGA